CAACAUCGUCCCAAGGCUUUAUCCAAAGAAGAAGACGCAUAGAGUCUCCUCCAUUCGAUCUUCAACGACACAUAAUUUUGAUGGCGUUACUACUAGCCGGUGCAGUUCCAAUGGUGGCUCCCACUCCACCACUGUCCUCAUCACACGCCGUCUCUUCUCUUCCGCUGAAAUCUUCUUCGUUGUCGCUUUGCGUAACCUGCCCGAGCCUUCCAUUGAUCUACUGCGGAAGAGGAGAUAAGAAGACGGCAAGAGGCAAGCGUUUCAAUCACUCAUUUGGGAAUGCCAGACCGAAGGAUAAGCAUAAGGGGAGAGGACCACCUAGGGUUUCGAUUCCGCCCUCUGCGCCGAAGAAGGAUCCGUUUGAUGACGGUGAGGUGAUUAACAUUGAAAUUGAUGAGUCUAUAAGGUGAUGUUUCAGAUGUGAUUUCUGAGCACAUUUCAAUUUGUAAUCUCAGAUUAUAAGUGUAAGUUGUGUAACUUGAUUGACAAUUUGAAAUUUACUGAUCAUCAUUUGGCUACUUUGUGAUCAAGAGAUCUGUGGUUUCUGUGUCUUAGAGCAGUUUGGAAGGUUGUAGUUUGGAAAUUAAUUUCAAUAUACUCCGUAUUUCGUUUAUGGAUUAUAAACAUUUGUGUAUAAUAUACACACUAAAAUUUGGGAGCAAUUGAAGAUCUCUAUCAAGUUUCGCAGGAUAGA